CUGACGUAAGACUCCGAGGGCGGGGUCCUGUCGGUAGGAUAGACCGGCACAUAAUCAUCAUGCAGGAUACAUUGUUGCGGCUGCAAUGACGUGCGAUUACGAAUAAGAAGAGGCGCUGCAGGUACGGCGAGAGAUUAUUUGGUUUCACACGUACCCCUAUAAAACCAAUUUCUCCCAUAAUGUCGGGCGGGGAUCUUCGCGUUCUUCGCCAAGAGCCAGGGCAGGAGAGCCCGAGGAUGCCGGCCUGGAAACGCGAGAUCCUUGAGCGGAGAAAGACGAAGGGCGGUGGGACCGGAGCAGGUGCCGAGUCCGUCGCAUAUCAAUUUAACGGCGAGGUAACGGCCAGCAAAAGCAAGGAUGAUAUUAGCAGCGCACAUUCUAGCAGGAACUAUACCAUUACCGCUGCCAAGCGCGCGAACAAAAGCCCGGAUCUGUCACCGGUGAAAACAAAAGAGCAUUGGCCAUCAGCUGACCCGAGCCGCACGGAGGAGAGAACUGCGAGAGACAACAGAGCUCAGGAGAGCCUGGUAUCACAAGAGAGCUUGGGUCCGCUGCAGGAAAACCCAUUCAUUAAACUAGAAAAAGAACGCAAGAAGCGUCAGCGCCAAGAGAACGCCGCGCGACCGGUUCAGCACAUCCUCGAGUUAUACGGCGGCGUUCCCGGGAUACGGACUAUACGCGCUGAGAAUAUCAUCAUUAUUGAAUCCGACCCGGAGUACUUCUCGGAAGGAUGUGGUUCGAAUCAUGCAUCGAAACUGCAGCAGAACGGCACGGUGAGCGGAUACAGCUCUCUCAGUGACCUGUUAGACCGGAGAGGUAGUCCGGUUACGGAGAUACGCGCGAAGGAAGUGGUCAUUUACGAUACUGCGCUUAGUAAAAGCGAGGAGAACCUCAGCACGCUGGGAAGACCCGCGUCCGCCCCGCUGGAGGGGCAAGGAAGGGUGAGUCGUAUGUUACAGAAAUUUGACAUGAAUUAUGGCAAGUUGCAGGCCAAGUCACGAAGCACGGAAAACCUCCUGGACUUAGACUCUAGUCCUGUCAGGCCAAGCUCCAGACCCACGCCAGAUGUGGUGCCAAAAUGCCCAGUGUCUCCACAAGCCAGAUCUCCACAGAGCAAGGUCUUCCAAAAUGUCCUGUCUUCCAUGGGCAACCAUCACACCUCUCCUAGUGACUCAGGGAGUAGUACACCCGUUUCCGGAUCCCCUCAGUUAGUGUCUUCAUGUAGACGUUUCGAGGGGAGCGGGGGAAGAAGUGUCACUGUGUAUCCAAAGGAGGACACUGAGAGGUCUUUGUCCAAGCCUGUUAGAGAACGGGACUGGGACAGCACAGAUGGGGCCUCUAAAGCCAAGGUGCCAUGCUCUCCGGAGAGCCACCAUGCUCGUGCCGACUGUACUCCUAGCCCCACAUCACCCCCCUUAUCACCCAGCUUUGAGAUCUGCCCGUCCCCUCGCCCUGAUCUUUCUCUCCUUCCGCCUGGGGAUCUACAGGCUCGUGCACUCGCCAACUUAAGACUCCAGUCUCGCAAUUCCUUCACCGUCAUUCCCAAGAGUCAUGCAGCCAUUUCGUCACCUGGCAGCACCGCCCCAUCCAGCCCUGUACUUUCCCCCCCAUCCCCACGACCCCUGGUGGGUGUGGCAGCUUCAGAGCCCGCAGUGCCAACCCCCUUGCCCGCUUCCUUCAUACCUUCCACACCAAAGCUUACAGAAAAGGUGACCAUAGAAGCCAAAACAGGGUCUCCACAACAUACCCCACCUGCCACACUCACCUCUCCAGCCCCAGCUUCUCCACCCUCAAUUGGCUCUCCCGUCAAAUCAGUCUCAUCUCCAAAGGAACCUCUGGUUGAUGAGCUGCCUAUCACAAACAUUGAUGACAUAGUCGUGGAGCCCACGCCACCCGUCCUGAGCCCUGCAGUGCAGAGGCGCAAAGGAAAUACGUUUACAAUUGUUCCGAAACGGAGGCCCGAGGCCCCGUCUGGCCCUGAUGAGACCCCAGAAGUCGUCGGUGAAUCUCCACACACACCACAGGCCCCUUAUGCCCAUCUGGGAACCCUGAUUAAAAAGCGUUACCCUGCUGCAGAGGAGAUUGAGGUCAUUGGGGGCUACCUCUCCCUUGGGCGAUCCUGUCUCUCGAAGACUGGCUCAACAGGAAAAAAGCUGAAAAUAUCCUUCAACGAGUCCAGCCUGCAGAGCACUUUCGAAUACCCAUCUGAGAGCAGUGUGUGGGACAGCGGAGAGGACGAGGAGGAAGGAGAAGGAAAAGGAGGAGAAGAGGAUGGAGGGAUCAUUGCAGGGAGGAUAAGCAUUCCUCGUGCCAGCUACAGCAGCUCACCCACUCACUCCAACAACACCACGGAUCUUUCCAGUUACACACCUAAACACUCCGUGGAGUUUAACGCAUGGCAAGAACACAAGCUUGAUAAGUCUGCUCACCAGGGGGAAGAUACUUCACAGAGUACAGAAGAGGUCAUGCUGACACCUGCUGAUAGCUCCUCUCUGUCAGACUUCAGCAGUGAACCAGCCCUCUACUUCUAAAUCUUCCGGAUGUCUGGAAAAUACGGGACCAACCAUUGCCUGCCAGCACCAGUCUGGAAGCAAAGAAACAACUUCCAGAACAGUGGGACCAGUAGCAAACCAGCACGGAAACAUACAUUCCCUAUUCAAUGCCCAUACACCAUCAUCGUCAACAGCAGGACUGUUCUCAUUGCUGAUCCACACAGUGGAUGUGUCACUCACAUUUAUCCUCCUGUUGCCACCGAUUGUGAUUGUGAUAGACAUGGAAAAUGGCUCAAACAGUCAUUCCACUCUUGAAUUCCACUCUUCCAUCACAUACUUGCUCGACGUAUGUAAUCCUCACCUCAUGAAAGUGACCAAAUUUCUAAAAGAGAGAAAGAUGUGAGACUUCUCUUAAAGUAGAGAAGGAAGCUUGGAAGGUGUGUAAUGGGACUCCAGAAAGAUAUAAUAUUAGGGUGAAGCAACAAAAAAUUAAAUAAGUGACUUAUGUACAGUAUGACUGGUAAAAGGGUGCCACAAUCUAUGUUCAUUGUGAUGUUUUUGUAUAUGCAUGUGUAGGUCUGUAUUGACAUGACUCCCAAACUAUAGAAGCCCUCCACUUUAGUUUCAUUUGUUUCCUUUUGUAUGUCUGUGUUUCAGUCAAGGUAGGCAUUUCAUGCACACACUGAUAUACUAUACAGCUAAAAUAUACUAAUAACACGUUAGUGAUCCUAGAUCUGUUUUAACGAGCAGCUUUUAAUUGGUCAAAACAAUUAAUUUUGCUUUUCUUUUUAUGGUAAUAGAAUUUAUUAAUCACUUAAAAUUUCUGACAUAAUUCGGAUCACAAAUUCAAUCAUGAAUGCAAGUCAAUCUUGUGAAGAAAUGCCCAGGUUCAAUUUCACCCCAUAGCAUAAAUACAACAAAGGCUGUUUUUAGGACUACCUCUGUAAUUUUUUGUUUUAUUUGUAUGACAUUUAUACAUUUCCUUCCUUCUCAUUUUCAUAAUAAUGAAAAAUAUUCUCAACGGUUUCCAUUAUCAUAAUCUAGUAAAAAUAUAUGCAAUACCAAUUUCAUUGUAUUAUUAAAUAAUUUUUUACAUUAUGGUAAUGAUAAUUUCAGUGGGAUGGGUUGUACCUUAUUCACAUUCUAAAAAUCCUGUUUAAGAAACACAUUUAACAUAUACAUUUAUUACCUCACUUUUUUAUUUUAAUCUGACCUGGAAGUGUUCUUGACAGGCUUUGUUAGAUUUAUGCUGUGCAAAAAUGAAUUAGUUUGUCAAUAUUCCUGCUUUAGUUUUGAACUGUACAUUCUUGCAUUCUUUAUGAUGGAAAUAUUAGUUUGUUAUUGGGCACGCUGUAUUCAUGGGCCACGUGUGUGUGCGAAACACGAAGACUACAUACACACAAUGCCAACUGAUUUGAGUGUGUCAUAUCUGUUAAAUGACUUUGCCGUAUCUGCUGACAUGUCUCCUCAGCCUCUCCGACCAGUAUUGAUGUAGUUUAUACGCUCCAGGAUGAAGUUUUCAUAAUUUAUUUCAUGCAUUUUUUAUCACUUUUUCACAUUUUUAGUCAUAGGGCAAACAUAUUUUACAUCUUAGUCCUGUGCUUCUUCAUUCAUUUGCACUGUUCUGUUUUUGCUUUAUUUUGCACCUUACACAGCUCUUGGUUGGAAUAAUGCCUAUUAGGGAUCGAAUAUCACAUUUCUUGAAAUUGAUUUAACAAAAAUAGUAUGUGUAUCCAUUGAGAGCAUAACAUUUACUUGAAGCACCAGCUAUAGCCCUUAUCAGCUCAAAACUGCUGAUCAAUAUUCUCUGCACAAUUAUUUUUUAAGACUCUGGCUUUGUUCACACUGCACACAAUUCUGAUUUGGUCUCCUAAUAAAAUGUUUAGGGCCGACUGUCUGUGCUGUUAUUUUGAAGGUGGUGAAUUUGGAUCCAUUUCUUCAAACAGUGUAGUCAAUAUCUGGUAUAAUGUAGACUUAACCAGUGACAUCAGCUUGUGUAUGUCAGGUUUUGAUUGUUCUUGUAAAAAAAAAAUGCUAAAUGCAGCCUUGGAGACAUGUUGAUUUAUUAUUUUUUGAACGGUAGUACAUUUGAAACUUGCUGCCUGUCUGAACAAAGCCUUUGAACCCAUGUUUUUUCAUGUCACAUAAUUAAGGGCAAAUUUUAUUUAAGAGAAUGUUAAAAUAAAGCUAUUUUACCAAGUGUUAGAAUUCAACCAAGUCUUAUUGUACAUUCUAGUUCAAUUUGUCACUUUAGCACAUUCCAGUCUAUAACAGAUCCUCCAGAUGUUCUUUGCAAACAUUAAAUAUUCUUAAGGGAUGUAUAUUAGAUGUUCAGAGUGUUGGGAACUAUUGUUUUUGUGUCUUACAAAAUGUAAUGCCACUUCAAGUGCUUCAUUAGUUCCUGUAACUCUAGUCAAGCUGCUCAUUGCUCUGGUGGUUAAUAUAGUUUAUGUCAAAACGUUUCUUCAUCCUUUUUGUUUUAUUCAUCAAGAGAAUAUUAAAUGUACAAUUUUGUUUUGAUGAAUUUGAGGGGAGAAAAUGUCAAAAAACAAGGAAAUGUUCAAUAAACGAAUGAAGG